UUAGCCGAGGCCAGCGGGAGUCACGCCGCGCUCGUCUCUUCUCUCCCUGCAAGCGCUGCCUGUUGCCGGAGCCGCCGGUCCGCCGCGCCGCAGCCCGGGACCCGCCGCAGCCCAGCCGGGGAGGAGCGCGCCCAGCCGCAUGCCGUGAGCCGGAGAGGGGCCACCGGCGGGCCACGGCCAGGCUCGGCCCCGAAGCCGCCCGCGGGGGGCCGCGCCCCCGCCCCCUCCCCCCGCCCCUCCUGCGGGCCGAGCUGUCAAAGUCGCCCCCCGCCGCCGCCGCCGCCGCCGCCUCCCGCCCGUGCCAGCUCGGGGCUGUCCUCCGCCUCCUGCGCCUCCGCCUCCUGCGCCGUGCAUGCCCAGCAGCGGCCGCAACAACAACAACAACACAAAGCUCGCCCCGGCAGCCCAGCCUGGAGCGGCUCCUCUGCCCGGAGCCGGGGCGCCGACCACGAAGCCGCCCUGCCCGCCCAGCCCCGCCGCCGCCCGCCGCCGCCUGCUGCCAGCCGACCGACUUCGCCAUGCCCCGCAGGAAGCAGCAAGCGCCCCGGCGCGCAGCAGCAUACGUUUCAGAUGAAAUGAAGGCAGCCGCGAUGGUCGAAGAUGACGUAGAAUCGGACGAGAACAUGGUAGACGGAGAACCUUCCGCAAAGUAUGCUUGUCCCGAAAAGGACUUCAGUAAGAACUGCCAGAGCUAUCAAAACUCCCCGGCAGCCGAAUUUUCCAGCCACGAAAUGGACAGCGAGUCACACAUCAGUGAGACCAGCGACCGAAUGGCUGACUUCGAGAGCGGCUCCAUCAAAAACGAGGAGGAGAGCAAAGAGGUCUCCAUCCAGCUGGAAGAGUCCGUGGUCUCUGACAGCUUGGAGCAGAUGAAAGCCGUCUACAACAACUUCCUGUCUAACUCCUACUGGUCCAACCUCAACUUGAAUCUCCACCAGCCGACCUCCGAAAAAAACAACGGAAGCAGCAGCAGCAGCAGCAGUAGCAGCAGCAGCUGCGGCAGCGGAAGCUUCGACUGGCACCAGACUGCCAUGGCGAAAACGCUGCAGCAAGUUUCGCAGAACAGAAUCCUUCCCGAGCCGAGCCUUUUCAGCACAGUUCAAUUGUACAGACAAAGCAGCAAGCUUUAUGGCUCCAUAUUUACUGGAGCCAGUAAAUUCCGCUGUAAAGACUGCAGUGCUGCCUAUGAUACUUUAGUAGAAUUAACAGUGCACAUGAAUGAAACAGGACAUUAUCGGGAUGACAACCAUGAAACAGAUAACAAUAACCCGAAAAGAUGGUCCAAACCUCGUAAACGUUCUUUGCUUGAAAUGGAAGGGAAGGAAGAUGCUCAGAAAGUACUAAAGUGUAUGUACUGUGGCCAUUCUUUCGAAUCGCUUCAAGACUUGAGUGUUCACAUGAUCAAAACGAAACAUUACCAAAAAGUGCCUCUGAAGGAACCUGUAACCCCUGUAGCAGCAAAAAUAAUUCCAGCCACAAGAAAGAAAACGUCCCUGGAGCUGGAGCUUCCAAGUUCUCCCGAUUCUACUGGUGGGACACCGAAAGCAACCAUCUCGGACACCAGCGAUGCACUGCAAAAGAAUUCCAAUCCAUACAUUACGCCAAAUAAUCGUUACGGACACCAGAAUGGUGCCAGCUAUGCCUGGCAUUUCGAGGCAAGGAAAUCUCAAAUUCUGAAGUGCAUGGAAUGUGGUAGUUCCCACGAUACUUUGCAGGAACUCACUGCCCACAUGAUGGUGACUGGACAUUUCAUUAAAGUCACCAACUCUGCCAUGAAGAAAGGGAAACCUAUUAUUGAAGCCCCCGUUACGCCCACCAUCACAGCGCUGCUGGAUGAAAAAGUACAAUCUGUACCACUGGCAGCCACUACAUUCACGUCUCCUUCCAACACACCAUGUAGCAUCUCUCCAAAAUUAAACGUGGAAGUAAAAAAAGAGGUUGAUAAAGACAGGAUGAUUGCUGACGACAAGAUGAAAGACAAGGAGAAAUCCAACGACGAAGAGGAGAAAUAUGAUAUUUCCUCAAAAUAUCAUUAUUUGACUGAAAAUGACCUGGAAGAGAGUCCAAAAGGUGGGCUAGAUAUUUUAAAGUCUUUAGAAAACACAGUCACGUCAGCUAUCAACAAAGCUCAAAAUGGCACCCCAAGUUGGGGUGGCUACCCCAGUAUUCAUGCUGCCUACCAGCUCCCCAACAUGAUGAAGCUGUCAUUAGGUUCCUCAGGGAAAAGUACGUCCUUAAAACCUAUGUUUGCAAAUGCGGAAAUGGUGUCCCCAACCAAAAGCCAGCCUCUAGUUUCCCCGCCGAGCAGCCAGACUUCCCCUGUGCCAAAGACUAACUUCCAUGCCAUGGAAGAGCUGGUCAAAAAGGUCACAGAGAAAGUGGCCAAAGUUGAGGAAAAAAUGAAGGAGCCCGAAGGAGGGAAACUCUCGCCACUGAAGAGAGCAACGCCGUCGCCGUGUAGUAGUGAAGUCAGUGAGCAGCUCAAAAUGGACACCUCCAAUGACAUUAGUUUUAAAAGCCAACAGAAUAGCCCGGUUUCUCAGAGGGAGAGUUGUAAGGACAGCCCAACAGGGGAGCCGGUGGAAAAUGGUAAGGAGCUUGUGAAGGCCAUUUCAAGUUCCUUGAGUAGCAGCACAGCUAUUAUUACUGACCACCCUCCCGAACAACCAUUUGUGAAUCCAUUAAGCGCGUUACAGUCUGUCAUGAACAUUCACCUUGGAAAGGCAGCAAAGCCCUCUCUCCCAGCCCUGGACCCGAUGAGCAUGCUCUUUAAAAUGAGCAACAGCUUAGCUGAAAAGGCUGCUGUGGCUACCCCACCCCUACAGUCCAAAAAAUCGGACCACUUAGACCGUUAUUUUUAUCAUGUCAACAAUGACCAGCCCAUAGAUUUGACGAAAGGGAAGAGUGACAAAGGCUGCUCUUUAGGUUCAGCGCUUUUGUCAUCCACAUCGGCAUCGUCUGCUUCUUCUUCAUCUACAGUGACAACAGCAAAGACAUCUGCGGUUGUGUCAUUCAUGUCAAACUCACCGCUACGCGAGAAUGCCUUGUCAGAUAUAUCUGAUAUGCUGAAGAACCUGACAGAAAGUCACACAUCAAAAUCUUCCACACCUUCUAGCAUAUCUGAAAAAUCAAACUGUUUUGACGGAUCCACGCAUAGGGAAUAAACCGAAGAGGAGGCGAUUUUAGCUCACGAAAAGGGGAAGGGACGGCAACGGUUCUGGCACCGGAACCCUCAACAUUUGCUCAUCCUGCAGGCCCAGUUUGCAGCCAGUUUACGGCAGACGUCAGAGGGGAAAUACAUCAUGUCGGACUUGAGCCCUCAGGAGAGAAUGCACAUUUCCAGGUUUACCGGACUCUCCAUGACCACCAUUAGCCACUGGUUGGCCAAUGUGAAAUACCAGCUUCGAAGGACAGGGGGGACAAAGUUCCUCAAAAAUUUGGACACUGGACAUCCGGUAUUCUUUUGUAAUGACUGUGCUUCACAAAUCAGAACUCCUUCAACAUAUAUCAGUCACCUUGAGUCGCAUCUAGGUUUCCGGCUACGAGACUUGUCCAAACUGUCCAGCGAACAGAUUCACAAUCAGAUAGCACAAACAAAGUCACCUUCUGAGAAACAUUUGGCGCCAUCACCGGAGGAUGAAAUAGGGACUUCUUACCAAUGUAAACUUUGCAAUCGGACUUUUGCGAGCAAACACGCCGUUAAGCUCCAUCUCAGUAAAACGCAUGGAAAGUCUCCGGAGGACCAUCUCUUGUACGUCUGUGAGUUAGAGAAGCAGUAGCGUUUGACAAAAAGGAGAAACAGUCACAACUGUACUUAGCUUUGAGGAAAACUGUCAAACACGCCUUAAAGCGCUCUCUUUUCUGUUCUCGGCACAUAAUUCUUAUUUUAACUCGGAGGUGUCACUCUGGCCUGAACUUCUUCUUCUACUUUCUUUUUUUGUAUAACUGUAUAGUGUUUAAUAGAGGUGCAUAAUCAGCUGUUGUUACUGGUAAAAAUAUGAAGGUUAAAACGCAGUGGUAAGUGUUUGGAACUUUGUGUAAAUUGGGGUUUAGUUGAUGUGCAUCGCUCCGAUGCCUCAGAACUGCAUGCAUUAAACAAGACAGUUUAAUUAAGCAUUUAUUAACUAAUUCUGGUGCACUUUUUUCAUGGUGACUAAGUGUGCUGGUCGGUUCGCACCCUGUAAAUCUUUAGCCCUCUGAGUACUUUGAAGCACUUUUGCAUUAAUUUUUUUUUAAAAAAACUAUGUGGAUGUAUUCUUUUUUUUAAAAGAAAAAUCCCCUUCCAAUUUAGGACGCAUCCAGAUAUCGUUAAGAAUCUGGCUUGAGUGAGAUGCACCACCGGCCGUGUGCACGAAUCAUUUGUGCAUCCAGCUAGCUAGGCCUCGUUCCAGCAACUGAAGGACUGCUCAUGGAGCCUGCAUGGGUUUCCAUUGAGAUGUUGCAUUGAAUUGCAAUUUGUCGCUGGUUGGAUGCACAAGCCAGCCGGGCAUCUGGCUGGUGGCACUUCCUGUGACAUCCCAAACCACUCUUACGUCAGGGAUCUGAUGCCUUGUGAAAGCGCUUCCAAUAUUAGCAGUCUAGAUGCAGGGUCCUUUUCUCUGGUCCCUCACGUAGCUAACAUGAACUGGCAGUCCUUGCCGUUGGUUCUCUGUGGUGUGUGCAUGCAUGUCUCGGAGGGGAAAUGGCUUUCCUUUCCCUUGGAUUCUUUCUGCACAUUUGGCCGUGUAGUACAGUUCCUGCCAUGGAGCAUGGAAUCUGGCCAACUGGGCAUACCUUUGGAGUUAACUAACAGACUCCUACAUGUGGUGGGGUGACUCCCACCUUGAAAUUUUAAAAUAUAUUAUUUUCACAUUGAAACAUAGAUGUAUAUAUUGUGCAGAUUUCAAAAUCCUCUUAUGGAAAAUGUGAUUGUAGACAAUUCCGUUUCUUCUUCUUCGACAUUUUUUUUAAAAAAAUCAAUGAUUGGUUUUGUACCUGAUAUGCUCCAAGUAUAAGUGGUACCUAUAAAUAUAUAAAUAUUAUAUAUAUAAAUAUAUAAAAUAAUAAUGUAUAUUUCUUUUCUAGGUCAAAGGGUUUCCUUUUAACAUCUGAACAAUGUAAAUUAUAUGAAAGAUACGACAGAUGGCAUUUAUAAAGUAUUCAGAAACAUUAUUCUUGAAGCAAAGUAUGGUUGGUUUUUCUCUUUUGUUCUUUUGCUAUACAGUGCAUCUUUAUUGAUAGAGGUUCAUCUUUAAAUUAUACAUAUUUAUUAGUUGUUUGCUACCUUUUUUUUAAAAAAAAACCAUUCUGAUAACAGAAGCCACGGACUGGCAUGCAUUAGACCUAUUUUGCACAACAUGACUUAUAAAAGUAUUUAUUAGUAAAAACAAAUAAAAAAAACAAUUCGAAAGAGAAAUUUUCAAAAUCAACUCAGUGCUCAAAGGGUUAAAUCUAUUUGGGGGCGGGAGAAUUCAAGAAACAAGAUCUUGUACUGUAUUUCCUAAACAUUGAUAAAAAAAAAGCCUUUAAAA